AUGUUCAAGCAUUUGUCGUUGAAUGAUCUAGAUUCACGACGAGCCGAGAUCAAAAAUAAUAUUGAAGAUGCUUAUAACACUCACGUUCGUCAUAAAGUACGCAAAGUCGAACAGAAGAAUAUCCUCUUAAUUGGACGAACACGUACAGGAAAAUCAACAAUAAAAAGAGUACUUGUGAAUCCGACGGUGGUAACCGAAGAAAUGACUCUUGCAUCUCAAACUAAAGAAGCUACUUUUGAAUCAUUUGUUAUUGACGACAAUCAUACAGUAUUAAAUAUCAUUGAUACACCAGGAUUGUUUGAACGAGGAACUGAUGUCCAAAAAGUUCAAGAUAAUGCUGCAAUUCUUAAAACAAUCGAACGUUGCAUUGAGCGAGAAAUUACCAAAUUUCACCUAGUAGCUUUCUGUGCCUCAUUCGAAUCAGGUAUUAACGAAGACGACGUCAAAUCUAUCAAGGCAUUGAUUGAUUUUCUUGGGCCGGAUGUCUCGAAAAAUUCCUGUUUGGUUGUAACCCGAUGCGAAUCCAAAAAUACUGAACAAUUACAAAAUCUAAAAAACGAAAUUAAAUCGGAUAUUCACUUUAAACCACUCGCCGGUUAUUUCAAACAAGGUGUCUUUUUCUUCGGUGCACUCGAUCGUGAUUCGUGGAAUAAUGCAACAGACAAUCUUUAUCGGCAGUUUGAAAAUAUUGUACAAUAUCGAGAAUUACUCAUCAAAUUGCUCGGUGAGAAUACAACACCGUUUGCUGUUAAAGACUCGAACGUUAGUGACUUUCGUAAACUUGUCGAAGAACAAAAACAAUUACAAAAACAAAUCGCCGAUUUAAAAGCCAAAGGAAUAAGAGAUGAAACACUCAUCGCUAAUUAUGAACGAAAAUUGGGGAUGCGAGCCUGUGGUAUUUCAUAA